AGUUUUAAGUCAGAAAAGUUAGAGCUAUUUGUUCGUUCCAACGCAAAGAAUCAACUGACUUGAAGAAAACAUGGCAGGAUAUUUUCUCAGUGCUUUGCUGCUUAUCUUGGUUCUGAGAUUUGAGCAGGGAUCCUCUUCUGUUUUCAACGACCCAGACCGGUUAGAAGGAGACACCUAUACCACAGCAGACGUGGCGGAUGACCUUGCCGAGCUGAAUGAUCUGGAAAUGGAACAGUUGCAAGACAGCGUGUCGGCCAACGUCUGCAAAGACAUCAGAGAUGAAUUCAAAGACGUGGCGAAAAAGUCCAUGGCUGAAGCCAAAAAAGAAAAACCUGAUAGCCUGAUAUUUUGGAGACAGGAAGCAGUUAGACGAAGUCUGAGAAGAAGCUUUCAGAUACUACAACAUGGUAAAAGAUCAAAGGUGGACAACUCGAUAGCGGUGAGGGCAUUACGCAACGAAGCUUGUGCCAAGCAUGCCAUACAAGACAUUUGUGAGACGACGAAGGUUUUGGACCUUUUAAACAUACCUUUGAAUACAAGAAAGAGGAGGAGAAGAAGGAUAUGCAAGAGGAAGGUUCUUAAAUGUUUAGAACACGAACCCCUGGGGAACAUAAAAUGUCCACAUAAGUCUCAGGAGAAAGCCCGUUUUAGAACAAUUGAUGGAACUUGCAAUAACGUGAAUCAACCCCUUUUUGGAGCAGCUGGUACUCCAUUCAUACGAGUACAACCAGCUGAUUAUGAAGAUAAGGUCUCGGCACCUCGCGUGGCACAAAGUGGAGACCAGUUACCUAACGCGAGGAACGUGAGUCGUUUCGUCCAUGGCAGCAAUGCAGACCGCCAAAACCCUAAUUCUCCAAGGCUGACCCACCUGGCCAUGAAUUGGGGUCAGUUCCUGGACCAUGACAUAGCGCUGGCGGAAGUUCAAAACGUUACUUGUGAAACUGUUCUCUCUAAUGAGUCAGAGUGUUUCAACGUUGAAGUUCCGGCCGAUGAUGACGUCUUCCAAAGCAGAGAAGUUAAAUUCUUCGAGUUGGUUCGAGAUGCUCCCCAUGAGUUUAAAAUAGAGUGUUCACCAGGACCAAGAGAGCACACCAACACGAUAACAGCUUUCAUCGACGCCUCCAACGUUUACGGCUCUAACGAGACGGAGGCUGAACACCUUCGAGCACCCGACGGGACAAUGAGAAUUAUGACAGCUCGUCACGGCUGCCCCCUAGGGGAUCUUUUACCCGCACAAACAGAUCGUGAGACACCAUGCGUGUCAAAAGAUCCUAACAGACCUUGUUUCGUAGCUGGAGACGAGCGCGCGAACGAGAAUCAAGGUCUCAUGUCAGUCCAUACUCUCUUCGUCCGUGAGCAUAACCGAAUAGCAACAUUUUUCGAUAAAAACACAGGAUGGGAAGCGGAGCAGAUUUACCAGGAGACCAGAAGAAUAGUUGGGGCGGAAUUACAAUUCAUUACAUACAACGAAUUUCUGCCACUGCUUCUUAGCCCCAAAACGAUCAGAGACAACAACCUCGCUCUGCUGAAAGGAAAACGGUAUUUUAAUGGUUACAACCCUGGUGUCAAUGCUCAAAUGUCUCAAGCCUUCUCUGCGGCGGCUUUCCGAUUUGGUCACAGUAUGGUUCAAGAGGAGUUUCGACGCUUAAGUCAGAAUGGCUUUGAACACAAAUAUAGCAAUGAUUGUAAGUCAGAGUUCUUGCCCAUCCCUGUAAAGGACUUUGGUAAUCCAACCUACUUAUACGAUAAGUGUAAUGGGGGUGUCGAUUCCAUUUUUAGAGGCUUGGUUAAAAGUUCAGCAGCCAAAGUUGAUGGGCUCUUUUCCAAGUCUAUACAAGAAAACUUGUUUCGAGGCCCUGGUGACUUGUCCGACCUAGUAUCCCUGAACAUUCAAAGAGGACGCGAACGUGGUGUGCCUUCAUACACAACAUAUCGAAACACGUUUUGUAAAAUUACGCCUAUAGUAAACAGCUUCGAAGAUCUGCAAAAGGCUUGCAUCACCCGAAAAGAUAUAGAUAAUUUGAAGUCCCAGUACCAGUCAGUCCACGACGUCGAUCUUUUUGUUGGAGGAAUGCUGGAGCCGGCAGAUUCAGAGGGAGGAGCACUAGGGAAAACCUUUCAGUGUCUAUUAGCUGACCAAUUCAAACGCCUACGAAAGGGCGACCGGGGUGUUACAUUCUUCGAGCUGAUUCGAGAUGCUCCCCAUGAGUUUAAGGUAGAGUGUUCACCAGGACCAAGAGAGCACACCAACAACAUAACAGCUUUCAUCGACGCCUCCAACGUUUACGGCUCUAACGAGAUGGAGGCUGAACACCUUCGAGCACCCGACGGGACAAUGAAAAUUAGGACACCUCAUCACGGCUGCCCCUUGAGGGAUCUUUUACCUGCACAAAAUGAUUCUGAGAUACCAUGCGCAUCAAAAGAUCCUAACAGACCUUGUUUCGUAGCCGGAGACGAGCGCGCGAACGAGAAUCAAGGUCUCAUGUCAGUUCAUACUCUCUUCGUCCGGGAGCAUAACCGAAUAGCAACAUUUUUCGAUAAAAACACAGGAUGGGAAGCGGAGCAGAUUUACCAGGAGACCAGGAGAAUAGUUGGGGCGGAAUUACAAUUCAUUACAUACAACGAAUUUCUGCCACUGCUUCUUAGCCCGAAAACGAUCAGAGACAACAACCUCGCUCUGCAGAAAGGAACACGGUAUUUUAAUGGUUACAACUCUUGUAUCAAUGCCCAAACGUCUCAAGCCUUCUCUGCGGCGGCUUACCGAUUUGGUCACAGUAUGGUUCAAGAGGAGUUUUUACGCUUAAGUCAGAAUGGCUUUGACCACAAAUGUAGCAAUGAUUCUAAGUCAGAGUUCUUGCCCAUCCCAGUAAAGGACUUUGGUAAUCCAACCUACUUAUACGAUAAGUGUAAUGGGGGUGUCGAUUCCAUUUUUAGAGGCUUGGUUAAAAGUCCAGCAUCCAAAGUUGAUGGGCUCUUUUCCAAGUCUGUACAAGAAAACUUGUUUCGAGGCCCUGGUGACUUGUCCGACCUCGUAUCCCUGAACAUCCAAAGAGGACGCGAACGUGGUUUGCCUUCAUACACAACAUAUCGAAACUCGUUUUGUAAAAUUACGCCUAUAGUAAACAGCUUCGAAGAUCUGCAAAAGGCUGGCAUCACCCAAAAGGAUAUAGAUAAUUUGAAGUCCCAGUACCAGUCAGUCCACGACGUCGAUCUUUUCGUUGGAGGAAUAUUGGAGCCUGCAGACUCAGAGGGAGGAGCACUAGGGAAAACCUUUCAAUGUCUAUUAGCUGACCAGUUCAAACGCCUACGAGAGGGUGACCGCUUCUGGCAUGAAAAUGCACCAAACCGAAGCCUGGACACUGAUAAAACAGCUUUUACGCGAUGCCAACUGCAAGAAAUAAGAAAGGUUACAUUGGCCAAGAUAAUCUGCGACAAUGCUGAGAACAUUCCAUCUAUCCCCAAGAGGGUAUUGCAACAGUCAAAGGUAUUCGUGGAUUGUAAUAAGCUUCCCAAAAUGAACCUGGAUGUGUUUACACCAGAUUUCAAAUGUCGGCAGAGAAGCAGAGUCUGGUGUGACUCCUCACACCCUUAGGAUGAAGAUGACGAAGGAUCGACUGAGUAAUCCGUCCACGAACACAGAAUAAUUCAUCAGCCUCAUCAGCCCCUUGACUCGGACCCGGGGAUUUGUACUUUGUUAGAAAACUAUAGAUUAUUUCGACCUCGGUUUAAUGUUUUAAGCUAGAUUUGCGCACGAUGUAAAGUGUAGAUUAAAGCAUUAAAAUUCAUAAAAUGGAGUAUGAGAAUUUUUGUUUAUGAAAUGUAACGUUUCUUUGUAACUGGCUGUACUGUUUUCAAACUUACAGGGGAUGGCGCCCUUAUUAUUACCAUUUGUAGCCUGCAAGAUGUUGCCAUUGGUGCAUCUGACAGGCGUUAAGCUAAUUUUGCUAUUGUUGUCGUUUUUUUAGUUUUAUGUAAGGAGGUUCCAUGUGUAAUUUCAAAAAGGCUAUCUAGAUCAUUAAUUUUGGAAGCCACAUUUCGCCUCAGAUAUUGGUGUAGUAAAGUUAACUUCAGUGACGCAUCAAUCAGUGUCUCGUUAUUGACUAUCAACUUACAUGCGUAGCGGAUCACUUUUCGAGUAUCAGCUCUAGAGUCUAAGUUCAAGAAGA